GUAAAUAGCUCCGACUCGAAGGUUAGAGUGGUCUGCCUCCUGUAGAAUUGGCACCGUCAACUUCCAUUCCCUUUGGACUUCGCCUUCCCCUCAUUUCGUUCGAUUUCACAGGAAGCUAGGGUGUCCAGAUCAUAGCUACGGAUCCCUUCUUGAAUCCCUGCAACACGCAAAUCUACUACGCCGCUCCAGAUCAAGAGUAUUAUUCUCAUGCAUGGUUAGGUGUUGGAAAGGGCUACUUGGUGUAGCCACCAUUAAGCCUCCAAAUUGUUAUGUUGGUUGAAGGUUAUGAGUUGACUGAAACGUCAAGGCUCAAACAGGGGAUUGGUAAAUGAGGCUGGGCGAGAGGUUUCCAUAAUAUAAGAGGCAGUUCCAACCAUGGUGAUAUCAAUUUCUUCUUCAACCUUCUCACUCACCUCCCACUUCCUUCGGCGCAUACCUCCCGUAUCUUUCUAUUGCGAUCCUGCUCUUUCAACACCAAAAAUACUCUUCAAAUCUUCAGCAGCUUUACCCCUCUCCAGUCAUCGAAUGAGCCAGACCUUGCUGUACCUCUCCGUCCACUCCGUCGAGCUUCAGAGCAAUGAUGAUUGCUUGAAACAAAGAAACAUUCACAAGAGGAGGUUCAGCGGAGUAGUGCAAGCCACAGAAGUGUCCCAAUCUGGCUCCAUUGACUCCCCGGUGAUGCAGGUCAUGGAGAAGAAGAUCAAGGAGCAACUAGAUGCAGAUGUUGUCGUCGUGAAGGAUGCCUAUGGAGAUGGACGACAUGUAAGCAUCAAUGUUGUCUCAAAGGCAUUUGAAGGACAGUCCUCCUUGAACAGGCAGAGGAUGGUGUACAAAGCCAUAUGGGAGGAGCUUCAGAGCACUGUCCAUGCUGUUGAUCAAAUGACCACAAAAACUCCUACUGAAGUUGUUGCAGAAAACUGAAACUUAGAGCAGUCUAUAGACCAGAUGAACAAUUUUAUAACUUUUUUAGGUUAUAUUUCAAGCUGUGUGACAUUAUAAUGAAA